GUCGCCGAUUCUUUUCCUUUUCGUGCCUUGUUCAUAGAUCUAAACUCGUGCUCCGGUGCACUUGUGUGACAAAAUAGGUAUAAAUGUUCUCAACUUAUCCUGGAACACACUUUUUCAUGCUCCACUCCGAAGCAUGCUUACGCGCGCAUAGGAAUAAGAAAAGUACUACGGUUAUACGCAAUGCUGGCUACUAACAUGCAUCCCCAAUUAACUUAUACACCGUGGACGUGCGGCCUGCGAAUUUGAGCCCCUGGCCUAUGGCCGCAACUUAGACAGUGCCAUUCCGCUUCAAAUCUUCACCGAACGGACUCUCCAGUUAGAAUAACUACGAUUGUUUAAUAAAUUUCAUUUUAUAAAUAUGGAAAGCGGGUAUUUAAUCCAUCUUAUAAAUGAAGAACUUUCACAAAUAUUUUUGAUAAUUUUGCUCACAAUCGUCACGGAACGGUAACAUAGAUUACAAUUUGUGCUGAAUUUAAAAUCCUGAAGUUCUCAUUGAACUUCCCCUCCCCCCUGUCUCUAAUGAAGCUCGCGCUAAUGCUCAGCUGAGAGCCACGAGCCACGCUUACUUAUUUCACGUUUUGCUAGCAUUAAAAAAUGGCGGUAAACCGUGGUCUCAUACGUCACAAUUGAAACGUUACUAUCGAAUGCUGCAAUGUACAAUUAAGGUAUCUCGGGAGGAGCGAGCGCUCGAUUUUGUCUCGCAGCUGCCAAAGCACAAGAGGAUCAUGUGAUCGUCCACGUGUGCAGCAGGCAGCGCGCUGACAUUAGCGAGUUGCGGCAGCAGCACCGCGCCAAAAAACAUCUCUGCCAACGCCGCGUUCACGCGCAACGCAUUUACAACUUAUAUGAUGAAUUUUCGGCAAAUUAAGGCUAAAAAUUAAUUUGAAGACCAUGAUUUAUUUUUGCUUUUACUUUUUGCCUUAGAUGUUGGUACAUGUUGUUAACUUUAAUGAGGUCAGAUCAUAAUUCGAACUUCAAUUGAUAGAGAAACUGUUGCGUGAGACUGCCCACCGUUGACUAACAUCUCGUAACCCCUCCCACAUCAGAUUCGCAUAAUAAGAACUCAGGUGCCGAUCUAGAUCUAUGCAUUCUGGAUUUGCCUGCGACUGUGACUGGCAGAAGUCCUUUCAGAGAGAGAGAGAGAGUUUUAUUUUAGUUGCAAGAACACUCUUAAGCUUCGUUCGUUAACGUGCCUCUUUACUCUUCGAACAGGUGAUUCCUGUGAUCGAAAAACGGCAGAGAAAACAUUUGAACUCUUUCGCCACCCGCAUCACAACCUUGCUUGAAAAGUGCAGUCUUCGUCUACAAUUCGUCUACAAAUUUUUAAAAUUAAAAAAAGUUUUUUGUUAUUGUUGAACGACAAUUAACGGUUACCGAGAAACAAUGGUCGUGAUGGACAAAUUUUCGUCAAGCACGAGGGAACGCAAUUUCCUUCCUUUCAACAGGAAGGUGGAAGAAAAGUGGCAAGGGGAUUUCACAUUUGUGCAGGCCGCAGAUACCCAAUUCGGAAUGCAAGAAAGCUACAUUGAAAAGAAGACCCGGCCAGGAUGGGAGCCUGAGAAGCAAUGGUCACGCCAGCUGGUACAGCAGGUAAAUCAAAUGAGGCCUCGGCCACGUUUCCUUGUCAUUUGCGGGGACUUGCUGGACGCGUGGCCUGAAACACAAGCUGAAACUCGCGAUGGCCAGGAGAAGGACUUCAAGAAGAUCUUCAGCACGUUGCAGGUGCCGUGUGUGUGUGUCUGCGGCAACCAUGACAUAGGCAACCAGCCAUCAAUGGAGAGCGUUAGCAAGUAUCGGUCAUCAUUUGGAGAUGAUUAUUUCAGUUUCUGGUGUGGCGGCGUCUAUUUUUUAGUUAUAAAUUCACAGUAUUAUGAAGAUAGUACUCGGGUCCCGCAACUUGCUCAGGACCAAGAAGAUUGGCUGGAAGGACAGCUGAUGAAAAUAAGGAGACGGAAACCCAAGCACUGCGUCAUCUUCCAACACAUACCUUUAUUCUUGAACGACCCUCACGAGGAUAAAGAAUAUUUCAAUUUUGCUAAAGAUCUGCGUCAGGAAUUGCUUGACAAAUUUUACGAUGCUGGAGUCAGGCAUGUAUUUUCAGGUCACUACCACCGAAAUGCCGGUGGGAUGUACAAAGACCUUCAGAUGGUCGUUACAUCAGCGGCAGGGGCUCAGUUGGGCUCUGACCAGCCAGGCUAUAGAGUGGUAUCAGUCGCUGAAUCGAGAAUUACCCACGAAUAUAAAACCCUCAAGUCUUGUGUCAGCAUUCCUGCCGUAUUUGCCGUCCUCAUCAACGCCUACGACGAACAAAAGCGCAGGGCGCGCGGAAACAAGACUGGACGAACUGUCUUUUCUCCAGUAGCCUUGCCCGCCCUGAGAGCUCAAUAGUUGGGUUGAUUAAAUCAUUCGAGGGAGCUGUAGGAGGAACUGAUGAUGAAAUUAUUUUAUUACUCAAUAAUUCUAUCAGGUCUAUAUCCCACCAAAGGACAAAAUAUAAUCUGAGCUUUAUCGGCAUGAUUUACUCUAUUUUAUCUAUAAUUUAAAGGUUGUUAAGAAAUUUGAGGAAUGAUACUUGAACUACAAUUUCACUUACUGUUGCAUUUUCGAUAUGAAAUUUCUUGUAUUUGAACAAUGUAUAUGCCACUUAAUUUUACUUAUAGUUAUAUUUUCAUAUGAAAUUUCUUGUAUUUUAGCAAUGUAUAUACCACUUAAUUUUACUUAUUGUUGCAUUUUCAAUAUGAAAUUUAUUGUAUUUCA